CUUAUAAUCCAGUGCGCCUUAUAGUGCGGAAAAUACGGUACAUACAUACAUACAUACAUGCCCCUCUGUUCUGUUUUGAACGAAGCUCUUUCCAUUGCCUUCCAGAAACUGGCUCUCCAUUCGGGGAUGGACUAUGCCAUCAUGACAGGUGGCGACGUGGCACCCAUGGGGCGCGAUGGAGUCACUGCCAUGCACAAGGUGUUCGACUGGGCCAGCACCAGCAGGCGAGGUGUCUUGCUGUUCGUAGAUGAAGCUGAUGCGUUCCUGCGUAAGCGAUCCACAGAGAAAAUCAGCGAGGACCUCAGAGCCACCCUGAAUGCAUUCCUCUACCGCACUGGGGAGCAGAGCAACAAGUUCAUGCUGGUGCUUGCCAGUAACCAGCCGGAACAGUUCGACUGGGCCAUCAAUGACCGCAUCGAUGAGAUUGUAAACUUUGCGUUACCUGGUCUGGACGAGAGGGAAAGAUUGGUGCGCAUGUAUUUCGACAAAUUUGUGCUGGGUCCUGCCACUACAGGGAGACAGAGAUUAAAGUUGACUCAGUUCGACUAUGGACAGAAGUGUUCAGACAUUGCAAAGCGAGCAGAGGGCAUGUCCGGUCGGGAAAUCUCCAAACUUGGUGUGGCCUGGCAGGCUGCCGCAUACUCUUCUGAAGAUGGAGUUUUGACCGAAGCGAUGAUUGACUCGAGAGUCGAUGAUGCCGUCAAGCAGCACGCACAGAAAAUGGACUGGCUGCUGAUGGAAGCAGGCGAGGGGGUCGGGAAGGUCGGCGUACUCCUCCCGAAGGCAAUGGCCGCAGGGCUCGCAGCCCAGGAAGCGGCGUCACUUACGCAAACCGAAGACGCAGCCCCGACGAUACAAGAAAUCCUUCCACUUCUGGAGGUUGUGAGCAACGUGGCCCAGGCAGAAGCAGCCGCCCUACCUUCAGAAGUGGAGGCGGAUGCUAUCCUCAAAGAGGCAGCCGCUUUGGUUAAAGAAAGCCAAGCUGUAGCUGCAACAACUGCAGGAGCUGCUGUCUCGAGUGAAACGGUUGAAACCAUCGUUGAGACCGCUGCUGCUGUCCCGUUGGUGCAGGAGGCUGAGGCCAUCAAGGACCUGACUGAGGAGGUUCUUGGCACAGCUGUAGUUGCUGACUCUGUUGUUCCCGAGCUGAAGGAUAUAGCCACUGAGGUUAAGGAUGCUGAGGGUGUACCAGCUUCCGCCAUCCAAGAGAUUGCUGCUGUGAGUAAGGAAGAGCCAACUGCUGAUGUAGCUGUGCUAGAGGCUGAGGCCAUUGAAGUAGUCAAGGAGGAAGCGACAGUCUAUGCAGUUGCUCAGGAGAAGGAAUUAGAUGCUGUAGUCUCCAACGUUGUCCAGGAGCCAGAGGCUGUGGAAGCCACUCAGGCUGCAGUGGAAUUGGCAACGGAUGCUGCAAAGGUUGCAGAGGAAAUUGCAAACAAUGUAGCUGAAGUGUCUGAGUCCCUGGCAAACAUUGCCAAAGAGGCUGAAGCAAUAGCAACUGAUGUGGCCAAGGUGGCUGACGCCGUAGUAACCAUCACCGAGGAGAUGGAGGCAGUAGUCACGAAGGAGGUUGAAGCGAUGGGAAGUCACGUCGCCAAGGACUCAAUUCAGGUUGUAGCGGAAACUGCGCCUGAAACAUCGGAGGUCGCUAAAGAGGUGGAAGUGGUGGCGACAGAUCUGGUCAAGGAGUCCGAGAGUGUUGCCACAGAUGCUGUUAAGGAGGUCGAACCUGCGAUGACUGAGACCGCUGCCAAGGAUGCUGAAGUCAUCUCAACAGAGUCUGCCAUUGAAACCGAGGCCACAGUUUCAGAGGAAGCCAAGGACCCUCACAAUACUGCCAGUGAGUUUGUCGCAGAGGGUCAGACUUUGGCUACAGAGGUCGCUGCCAAGGAAGCUGAGGAUCAAACAACGAAGGCUGCAGAGGAGGUAGAGACCAUAGUAAAGGAAGUCACCGAUGAGACGGACACAGCAGCUGUUCCCGACAUGGAAACCAAGGUAGAUACAGAGACCUUUGUGUCUGAGAAACUAGAGAGGCCAACUACCGAGAAGUCCGCUGCCUCCCAGACUCCCGGCACUGAAGGAGCGGAGCCCGGUCCAACUGAGAAGCCUCUGUCAAACAAACAGAGCGGAGAUGACAACGACAAAGCUCAAACCAAGCCUAGUCCAAAGAAGUGAUCACUUCAAUACUUCGAUGAAAUGCUGUUGUAAUUGUUAAGCAGUCUAAACAUUCACCUCAAAUGCUGUCUACUCUUCUAACAAUAUGUUUUUAACUCAAGUACUGUGACUGACAAUAUAUGGUAAUGAUUUUGAUUAUGGUCUGUAGGUUUGUAGUCUGAGUAAAAGCACGUGUGGGCCACUU